AUGGGACUUGUGAUCUUGACAAGUGCUAAGAUAGCGAAGAAAUUUUGGGCAGAAGCUAUUAGCACAACAUGUUAUACAGCAAAUCGUGUAUAUCUUAGACCGGGCACAACUUCAACUCCUUAUGAGCUUCGGAAAGGGAGAAAACCUAACAUAAAGCACAUGAGGAUGAUGAUGAUAUUAUUCCAGCAGCUCCUAGGCAAGAAGAAAAGGACAAAUGGCUAA